GGCGCGCCUGGGAGGCCCGGGUGGGAGGGAUCGACGGAGUUCGCAGUCCCGCACUUUGGGGCCCCGCCGCUUCCGCCAGUCCCUGGGGCGUCCCAGGGAAGCUUGGACGCAUUGCCUUGGGCUCUGAGCAACUGACCCUCUGGGCACCGCAGCCCGCACUCCUGGCUGAUGAGACCAUGAUGCACAUGUUGGCAGGAGGCCAGGGUCUCGGAGACUCACGGACCGAGUUCCGCGAGUUUUCACUGCACAGAUGAGGAACCUGAGGCCUGGAAAAACGGAAUGGUCGGUUCCUGGCCACCCAGGAAGAGACAAGAGAACCCAGAGAGGUUUGGCUACCAUCGAAGACCACACAGUCAGCCAGGGCUGAGAUGGCAGUUCACUCCGAUUCUGCUGAUCACUGCCUCUUGGGAACCCAGUGCUCCCUCAGACCCCGCCUCUUCCCGCCUCUUCUGUUCUUGCUGUGGAUUCUCCUGAGCUGUGAUUUGAGGGGUGCUGCUCAGGGUCCGGGAGAGUGGACGCUCUGGGGAUCUUGGAGCCGGUGUUCCAGCUCGUGUGGUCGGGGCGUCUCAGUGCGCAGACGCCACUGCGUCCGACUUCCUGAGGAGGAACUUUGCUGGGGGGACAGUCAUGAAUACCGGGUGUGCCAGCUGCCGGACUGCCCCCCAGGGGCCAUACCAUUCCGAGACCUGCAGUGUUCUCUCUACAAUGGCCACCCCGUCCUGGGCACCCAGAAAACCUAUCAAUGGGUGCCCUUCCACGGGGCGCCCAAUCUGUGUGACCUCAACUGCCUGGCUGAAGGCCACGCCUUCUACCACAGCUUUGGCCGCGUGCUGGAUGGCACCCCCUGCACCCCGGGGACCCAGGGUCUCUGCGUGGCAGGCCGCUGUCUGAGCGCAGGCUGUGACGGACUACUGGGCUCCGGCACCCUCGAGGACCGCUGCGGCCUCUGUGGUGGUGCUAACGACUCUUGCCUGUUCGUGCAGCGCGUGUUCCGCGACGCCGGUGCCUUCGCCGGCUACUGGAACGUGACUUUGAUCCCCGAGGGCGCCAGGCACAUCCGCGUAACACAGCGCAGCCACAACCACCUGGCGCUGGUGACCCGCGACGGGCACUACGUGCUCAACGGUGAUGGUGUGCUCAGCCUGCCUGGCACCUAUGAGGCCGCGGGCACCCGCGUGGUUUACACCCGCAGUGCGGGUCCGGAGGAGACUCUGCAGGCUACCGGGCCCACCUCCCAGGAGCUGUUGUUGCAGGUGCUGCUGCGGGAGCCCAACCCGGGCGUAAACUUCGAGUUCUGGCUGCCCCGGGAGCGCUAUGGCUCCUUCCAGGCUCAGGUGCACGCUCUGGGCUGGCCCCUGCGACAGCCUCAGCCUCGGGAGGUGGAGCCGCAGCCUGCAGAGACCCCUGUGGUCCCCGAGGCCAUCCCUGCCCGUGUUGCAUCCCUGGCACCAGACCCCUGCGGGCCAUGCCCUGACAGCCGUGGUCGCGCACACCGGCUUCUUCACUACUGUGGCAGCGACUUUGUGUUCCAGGCCCGUGUGCUGGGCCGCCACCGCCUGGCCCAGGAGACCCGUUACGAGGUGCGGGUCCUGCUCAUCUACAAAAACCGGUCGCCUCUGCGAUCUCGAGAGUAUGUGUGGGCACCAGGCCACUGCCCAUGCCCACCACUGGCCCCACAUCGAGAAUACCUGUUGGCUACCAGGCGACACGUCAGCCCUGAUGGCACACAGGACCGGCUACUGCUGCCUCAGGCUGGCUAUGCUCGGCUUUGGAGUCCUGCGGAGGACAGCCGAGUUCGACUAGCUGCCCGGCGUUGUCCAGUGUAACCCCCCCCCCCGGCGGUCGGGGUCACCCGGUUCCUGUUCUGGUGUCCUAUGACUCAGGAAAGUCUCCCACUUGGAAGCUCGUAUAUCUUAAUUCGGGUCUCCCUGUGCGCACAACCCUGGCUGGCCUGGAGCUCUCUAUGUAGACCAGGCUGGCCUUGAAGUCACAGAGAUCCACCUGCCUCUGUCUCCCUAGUGAAUGCUGGGAUUAAAGGUGCACUCCAUAUCUGAGAACUUUAAGGAGCUUCAAAAUCCUGGGCUACCUUUCCUUUAAACAACUUCUGUUUGUCUCUUUUCAAAUUACUAUUUAAGUUUUACAAAAA